UGGCACCUCUUGGCACUGGACUCGCAGAGCACCCUUUCAGGCCUCCCAGAGGACGGGAGCAUCCCUAAGACUCUUCUUUCCAGAUGGCAAACGAAGCAAACCCUUGCCCGUGCAAUGCUGGAGAUACUCUGGACUAUGAAAGUCUUGGGCAUGAAAUUCCUGUUGAGCACAUCAGUGCCUACCUUUGCAAACCUUCCUCCCCUACUGAGAAAGCCGUGAUUGUGGUUCAUGACAUAUAUGGAUGGCAGUUGCCCAAUACCAGAUAUAUUGUUGAUAUGCUUGCAGCCAAUGGAUACCUAGCAAUUCUCCCAGACUUUUAUAAAGGACAAGAGCCUUGGAAACCAUCUAGUGAUUGGACAACAUUUAGUGAAUGGCUAAAAACAAGAGAUGCCAAAAAAAUCAACAAGGAAAUGGAUGUUGUCUUGAAGUAUCUUAAAGAACAGUGUCAGAUCGGGAAGAUGGGUGUCAUCGGAUUUUGUUGGGGUGGAGCUGCAGUACAACACCUGAUGGCAUCAUAUCCUGAUUUUAAGGCAGGCAUCUCCGUGUAUGGUGUUAUCAGAUUAGCAGGGGACAGGUGCAAUUUACUGAAUCCCACAUUUUUCAUUUUUGGAGAGAAAGAUGACAUCAUUCCUCUUGAACAGGUCUCUACACUAGAACAGAAACUGAAAGAGCAGUGCAAAGUUGAUUUUGAAGUAAAAAUCUAUCCGGGUCAAACACAUGGCUUUGUACAUCGCAAGAAGGAAGAUACGAACCCUGAAGACAAACCCUACAUUGAAGAAGCAAGGAGUGACAUGAUGAACUGGCUAAAUAGAUACGUUUUAUAGACAGAAUCUGUGGAAUUUAUAGGAGAAUGCUAGCACAACAGAAAGGACUUGAUCCAAUUUUACUCAAACAUUAUGUGCACUUUUUAUUCACCACUAAAGCAGUUUAACACCAAACAUAGCUACACCACUAUUAAAGUGGUAUAAGUUUUCCCCCCGGCUCAGACAAUCCCAUUUUGAGUUUAGCUAUGGGGGGCGGGGGCGGUGUUAGAGGUACAUCACGGAGCGUUAACAGCACC